AUGAAGUAUACUCAACGUCAGUUAUUUUCAUCUUUCAUGAAACUCUGCGAGCAACUGUCCUCAGACAGGAACGGCGAGAGCAAGAACAGAGAUAUAGAAGAUGUUUUCGCUUACAUGGAUGCAAACAGAGACGGUAGAAUCUCUGCGCAGGAGGUUAAGAAGAUCUUGAAGACAUUGGGAGAGCAACUGUCAGAUGAAGAAGCCGAAGCAGCGGUUAAACUGUCUGAUAUGGACGGAGAUGGAAUGUUGGAUUUCGAGGAGUUUGCUCAGCUAAUCAAAGGGAGUGAUGAAUUUACAGAGGAAGAGAAGAAGAUCAAGAUAAUGGAAGCCUUUAGAAUGUAUAUUGCUGAAGGAGAAGACUGUAUUACUCCGAGAAGCUUGAAGAUGAUGCUAAUGAAGCUUGGUGAAGCAAGAACGAUAGAUGAUUGCAUUCUCAUGAUCAAAGCUUUUGAUACUAAUGCUGAUGGAGUUUUAAGCUUUGAUGAGUUUGUCCUUAUGAUGCGUUAA